CUCGAGGCGAGCUCAAUCGACGAUCAAAAGCAAGCGGCGACGGAGAUCAGCUCCUCGCCAAGAACAAGUCCGAGAACCGAAUCAAGAUCACUCGCACCGACGCGAUCAAGCCGUUGAUUUCGCCGAUUUCGUCGUCCGAUCCUCAGCUUCAAGAGUACGGCGUCAUCGCAAUUCUAAACCUAUCUCUUUGGGACGAGAACAAGGAAUUGAUAGCUUCAUCGGGAGCGAUCAAACCACUGGUCAAAGCUCUCAAGGUCGGCACAUCAACGGCGAGAGAGAACGCCGCGUGUGCCCGUCUCGUCAAAGUCGGCACAUCAAUUGAACACCAGUUGGAUUGGAGAUCGUAAGGAUUAGGGUUUGACCAUCGAGACUAGGAUCGAGAGCGAGACGGUGACGGAGAGGGAGGUUGUGAUUGUUUGCGGCGGUGGCGGUUUCAAUAACGAUGGAGGUCAUUGCCUCAAUUGCAAGCGGGUGAUUUGAUGAUCCAAAAACAGUUAAUGUGUAAUUUUUAUGGGUUGAGUUUUUAUUUUUUUGUUAAGCAUCAUUUAUGAGAAAUUCCAUUUGCACAAGAAUAGCAGUAGAUAAAUAGUCGCGCUUCACCUGUAUAAACUUUAAUAAUUGUUUGAGAUUUUGAGUAUUUGAUGUGCAGGCGCCAUGGAGGUAGACAUGGAAAAUUAUGUCUCAACCUCACCUGAAGAGCCUGCAGUUGCAGUCACUAAUAGCAGUCACUAAUGAUUCAAUUCCACCACUACCAAAUCCAAUGUAAGAUCGCGUGAAUGAAAAUGGAUGGGUUGUGGGAGAAAAAGACAAAUAGAUGUAUGGGUUGCGACAGAGGAAUUGAUGAGAGGUAGACGCAUCAUCGGCUAGCGGCGAGGAGGACUCGAGCUCUGACAUGAUAGCAGAUUGGGUGUCGAGGUCGGAGAGUUUACCUUCGGUUUGGUCUGUUCUGAAAUUUAGGAAAGAGAGAGAAAAUAGUAAGAAACGGGUUUAAUCCGGAUAAAAUGGGCAUUGCCCAUGUUGUAUUAGUAUUUUUAUUUGAACACUUGUCAUUGUUUCAUUGGGCCACGUCAGCGCGGAGGAUGAACCUCAUCCUCCGCCCACAUGACAGAAGGUGUUUUUGAAUUUUGAUACAGAAUGCUGUCAUUUAAUUUUUUUUUUUAUUUUUUAAAUAAAAAAAGUAAAAGAAAAACAAAGUAGAGUGUGAAUAUUUUAAAAGUGUUUUUGUUUGCCAUAGCCUUGGCGUCCCACUACGACGUCGUACAAAGUCCCACUAUCAGAACCAUGACCGUCUGUCUGUAUAAGCCCUAAUCAGGAGUGGCUCUCUCUCUCUCUCUCUCAUCAAUCAAUCCAUUUCCCGCCUUUCACUCUCUCUCUCUCUCUACAAUGGCAGACAAGAAGAAGCGCCGCCGUGCAGACGACAGCUCCGAUUACGAGCUCGACGGCUCCAAAACCCUCCCCUUCAAGAACCGCCUCAAACCCGAUUCCGUCAUUCUCUCCAUCCUCAAAGCCCUAGCCGAUGAAUCCCCCUCCACAUCCUCCUCCAAAGCCCUAACCCUAGGCGACCUCUCUCUCUCCUCCACCUGCCGCGAGGUCGCCGACCUCUCUCUCUCCUCCGUCCAGUCCUCCAUCGAAACCCUUGCCCUCUCCCUCGCCCACUCCAUCCUCUCCGGCGACGGCUUCUCCUUCUCGGUCCCCUCUCGCUCCUCCGCCAACCAGCUAUACGUCCCCGAGCUCGACCGCAUCGUCCUCAAGGACAAGACCUCCCUCCGCCCCUACGCCAACGUCGCCACCGUCCGCAAAACCACCAUCACCACCCGCAUCCUCCAGCUCAUCCACCAGCUCUGCCUCAAGAACAUCCACGUCACCAAGCGUGAUCUCUUCUACACCGAUGUCAAGCUCUUCCAGGACCAGACCCAAUCCGACGCCGUCCUCGACGACGUCUCCUGCAUUCUCGGGUGCACCCGGUCGAGUCUCAAUGUGGUCGCCGCCGAGAAGGGGGUUGUGGUGGGCAGGCUUAUAUUCAGUGACAAUGGCGAUAUGAUUGACUGUACCAAAAUGGGUAUGGGUGGGAAGGCGAUUCCACCCAAUAUUGACCGUGUUGGUGAUAUGCAGAGUGAUGCAUUGUUCAUAUUACUUGUUGAAAAGGAUGCUGCUUAUAUGAGGUUAGCAGAGGAUAGGUUCUAUAAUCGAUUCCCCUGUAUAAUUGUGACAGCAAAAGGGCAACCGGAUGUCGCAACGCGGUUGUUUCUGAGGAAGAUGAAGAUGGAGUUGAAGUUGCCAGUUUUGGCUCUGGUGGAUAGUGAUCCAUAUGGGUUGAAGAUAUUGUCUGUUUAUGGUUGUGGGUCAAAGAACAUGUCUUAUGAUAGUUCAAAUCUGACUACACCGGAUAUCAAGUGGUUGGGGGUUAGGCCCAGCGAUUUGGACAAGUAUAAGAUACCGGAGCAAUGUAGGUUGCCGAUGACGGAGCAGGAUAUUAAGACCGGAAAGGAUAUGUUGGAGGAGGAUUUCGUUAAGAAGAAUCCGGGGUGGGUUGAGGAGUUGAGUCUGAUGGUGAAGACGAAGCAGAAGGCUGAAAUUCAGGCACUGAGCUCGUUCGGGUUUCAGUACUUGUCGGAGGUUUACCUGCCGCUGAAGCUGCAGCAGAAGGAUUGGCUCUGAUUGUUGGGGACUUUGUAAUGGUACCUCUUGUAUUUCUUGUUCACCUUUGAGCAGGAUGUAAUUCAGUACUGCUAUAACUUUUCUUGUAUGGUCUUCUGUCACUAUUUAUGUUCUCUUUGGUGAAAGAUUUCAUUUAAUUACAGCAGCAAAUAUUUGAACUUCA